UCAGGUCAACAUUAUCUUGUGACAGGCAACUUCGUUCUUGAAGGGACAGCGGUCGUUUUAUUAACAGAUAUAGCAAAUAUUUCGAGCAUUGACCAUUAUACAUACCAAACAAAUGUUUUAAGCAAGUUUAUCAUUGAUUAUUGAAGUACUGCCUGAACAGGAGGAACUUGAAAAGCGUUAGAGGCAUACUACUCUAGGACGCUUCUAAACACAAAAGCUCUUGUUGGGAUGUCCCGGGACACUUUUGCCUUCACUUCUGCCUCUCUACGCUCCUUAAGGCUGGAGCAGGAGCUGCAGGACUGGGAGGACGCCAGGCGGGCACUGGCACACAGGAGGACUAUGGCAAGACGUCCACUACCCGCCGCCCCCAGGCUCCGACACGGAAACGAGAGAAUCCAGACAGUACGUGCUCCACCACCACAAAUACAGUGCAGAGACGCAGCCAUCCAUAACAUCUUUAUGUGUGGAGAUAUGAAGAGAGUGUAUGCCAUCCUCAAAGAUCCAGGCAUGGUGAAUGCACUGAUGGAGACAGUACAUGAGGAGAUGGUGUGGGCCCCAGAAAUGGGAAUGUGGACUCUUGUCUCAAAAGUAAAGCAGACGUCUGCACUGCGUCUGGCUGCCAGCAGGGGGCACUCUGGCUGUGUCGAGGAGCUGCUGUUUAGGGAAGCAGAGGUGGAUGCAGACCCAGGCGGCCGUACAGCUUUACAUGAUGCCUGUUCAGGAGGCCAUCACGUCUGUGUGCGCCUGCUCCUAGACCACGGGGCUGAUCCAGACCUGCUUGCUGUCGACGGCAAUGCCCCGUUGCACCUCUGCAAUGCAGCAGAAACAUAUCAGUGUGCUGAGCACUUGGUGACCAGUGGUGCGCAGGUGAACGUGACCCAGCGAGACUCAGGUCUCACCCCCCUUCACAUGGCCUGCAGGAGAGGGCUGGAGGACCACGUGGAGCUCUUCCUGUCCUAUGGAGGGGACGUGACAGCUCGGAGCCAAGAGGGCGAGACGCCCUUGAACGCAGCCUGCGCUGGGGCAGAGAGGCCUGCAGAUGCAGGACGGUAUUUGCGUAUUGUCCAGAAGCUGCUAGCGGCUGGGGCUGAUGCGCAGACUGCUGGGAGGAAGAAGCAUACGGCCCUGCAUAACGCCUGUGGAAACUGUUGCCACCGCAUAGUUGAACUGCUGCUGGAACAUGGGGCUCGUGCAGACGUAGCUAACUGUGCUGGAUACACACCCAUGGACUGCCUGUUACAGGUAAUAGAGGAUUACCCAGACCAGCAGCCAGAGGCUGUGGCUCAAUCUCUUCUCAACUAUGGAGCACAGCCGCCCUCCCCUAGAAUGCUGAAACACUGCUUGCCCUCUCCUGCCACUUUGGAGGUAAUGCUGAAUUGCUAUCCGGUCAUCCCAGCGUGUGAGGAGUGGUUAGAGGACAUACCAGAGGAACUACUGAAGGAGCAUCAGUCUUUCUUCGAUGCGGCGAGACGGAUGAGCGGUCAGCUGCGCUCUCUUCAGCACCUCUGCCGCUGUGCGCUCCGUCGCCACCUGGGGUCACUAUGUCACUUCGCAAUAGUCCAACUCAACAUCCCCAGCACUUUAAAAGAUUAUCUACUGCAGCAUAAUGAUGGACUGCGUUGAGCUCCAUUUUUAGACAAACUAAAAAUAGCUGACUAGAAACAAUGGGCUGAACUGAAUACUGAGGCAUCUGUGAUGCCUCUUGACAAUAGAAGUAGGAUGGAUUAUGGCCCCGGGCCAAAUGGGGAAGUGCCCUGGGCAUGGCCGGAUUUACCAUUGGGCUUGAGGCUG